AUGGAUAUGGAAUACAUGGGCUCAGGUAAACUGGGCCAAAUAUUGAAGCAGAUUUGGAGACAAAACCAGAUGCUAAAGCAGGCACUCCUGGGUGAUGACCUUUGUGAGGGGGCUGGUGGGGCCACUUGGAUGGCCACUGUGGUCUUUCUGGGUCAGGAGCUCAGCGGGGCCCUCCACCAGCUGCUGGAGCACACGGCAGGCACCCUGCGUUCCACCUGCCAGCAGCUGUGUGUGCUGCUUGACAAGGAGAAUCAAUCUGUCUGGAGACAAGAAAUCAUUGCUUUCGUAGACUGCCUCAUAAAAAUAACUGAACAUUUGGGGAGCACUGCUGCACUUCUAAAGAAAGAAGAAAAGGAGAUGUGUAAUUUAUGCGGCAUGCAUGAUGACUGUACUCCACAGCAGACAAUGUCCUCCAUUCAAGACACGAAAGCAGCCUACAUUGCUGCAAGAGGGGAACCAAAUGCCAUAGAAACAGCUACUGUUUCUCCCAAAAAUGAAGAGGAAAGUCAUUACACAAACCAGGUCCAGUUAAAAGAAAAUAAAACACACAUGAGUUCAGCAUUAGGGGAAAAAGAAAACAAUACGUCAUUGAAUGGACUUGUAACGGGGCAAGAAGAGUCACAGAACAAAAUGUUCCCAGAUAAGGCAGACAAUGAAGAUGAAAAAGAAAUAGAACACAUAACUGUUGAGAACAUAAAUGGCAACAGGGAAGAGAUUCGUGGCAUAAUCCAGACAACAGAGAGAGAAAUUCAAGAGACCUCAGAAAGCCAAAGAGAAGAGAUGACCACAUCCUCAAUAAUAUGUGAUAUCUCCAAGAAAUAUAUAAAUAGUACUCUUCCCAAUGAUUCAGAGAAUAUAAAGCACAAGCAUAAUAUAAUGGAAAAGGAGUAUCUUGAUGUGCCAAGUGAUGAUGCUGACCCCCAAGUGUCUUGUUAUAUUACAGCACCAUCAUACGUUCUACAGCAACUAGAAUGCCGGAUAAUAAAUAACAUGAGUUCUUUAAUAGUAGGUGAUAAUGAAGAGUUGGUUAGUAAUGUCAUAACUGUUGAAUGCUCAGAUAAGGAAAAGAGAAUUCCAUUUCCAAUAGGCAUUGCAAUUCCAUUCACUGCACGGUACAGAGGAAAUUACAGAGAUAUCAUGGUGAAGGUAUGUGACUUAAACCUUCAAUCAAGUUACCUAAACCCAAAUUCACUGGAAGGAAUAAAGGGAGGUUAUAAGGGGACCUGUGCUGCAGUUAAAGUUUACAAAUUGGGUAUCUUUUCCGUUGUGUCUUGUUUAAAGAAAGAGUCAUUCACAGUAACAAAGAAAGGCCUCACACUUAAGGCAAGCAUGGAUUCCCGAAUAUCCUUAAAUUACCCUCCAGGAGUUUUUAGCUCUCCAGUACUUGUGCAGUUAAAGAUCCAACCAGUUGACCCAGCUCUGGUGGCACAUUUAAAAGCACAGCAAGACACUUCCUACUCAGUACUAUCCACAAGCCCUCUGAUUCACAUUCAGCACCCAUCAACUUAUGCUUUUCAGAAGCCAGUCACUGUAUUUUUACCUUGUUCUCCAUAUCUUGGUAAAAACAGUCUUGGGUCUGAGAUAGAUCAUAAAAGAACAGUGAGUGCCACAACAAAUAGGAUUACACCUUCAUAUUUCAACAGGACAAAAGGUGCCUCCAUAAGAAAAUCUGGAAAAAAUACCUCUGAAUAUUUGAAAUUACUGGGAUUCAGAAGCCAAGACAGUGGUUGGUUUGGGCUUGAGAAUGUCGUUGUGAAAACCAUACAGAGCGGCUUGGUAUCAGUUGAAUUGUAUGAACAUUUAGAGAGGUUUAUUGUACUUCACCUCUCUUCCACCAUGGACAAUAGUCAUUUGGUUACUUUUGUGAAAUCUUUAGAGGAAGCCAUGCUAAGCACCACUGCCUGCAUAGUACUGUCUCACCAGAAGGACAAUCCACAUAGAAUAGCUGUUUUAGUGGUACCUUCUAAAGAUUUAAGCCAGGUGCUUAAGAAUCUGCGCUUGGAAGGGUUUGGGGGACCUCCAGAGCCAUCUCACCAUUUCCAAGUUCGAGAGGGAGAACAACUUCUUUUAAGAUUUACUGGAAACAUAUUUGCUUCAAGCAAUGGGAAGGAUUAUGGAAAAGACUACACACUUAUUUUUCACUUGCAAAGAAAACCUAGGCUGGAACUGCAAAUCAAAGAAGUGGAUGAAUUUGGAAACUACAGCUGCCCUCAUUAUAAAGGCACCAUUGUCGUUUAUAAAGUACCUAAAGGAAAGAUAGUCCCCAACUUGAAUCAAUCUCUCAUAAUUAAUGAAAACCAUUCUCAGUUGCCAAUUUGCAAAUUACCAUUGAGAUUGCCAAAGCAUAAGAAAUUAAUCAACCAUCCACAGAGUACCAAAAGAAUUUCUAAGGAUCCUCUAGAAGCCCUCUGGGAUAACUUGCUCCAUUGGCUGGCUGAGGAGCUCUCAGAGGAAAACGCUGAAUCGCUAUCCUCAACUCUCCCUCUGCACCGUAGCACCAUUCAGCUCAUCAAACUCAAGAACCCUGAUGAUAUCACAGAACAAAUCCACGAAUUUCUUUACUUCUGGAAAAAAUCGCUUCCAACUUUCACUGACAAACUUCGCCUCCUGACUCGACAUCUCUGCAAGAUUGGCAGGAGUGAUCUUGCAGAAGAGCUCAAAUUCAAGUGGGAAAAUAAAGUGUUCACUGCACCACAGGAGUGCUUUGAUGUAGCAGCUGAGUAAAAGUCUGAUUACUCUUCCUUCAUCCCUAGGAGAAGGCACAUGGUAGGUUUUUAAGAUUGUUUGUGUUAACAUUUUCCUAGAAGUUUCCAAAUGAUAUUAUUUGAAGUCAGUCUAUUUAAUGAUGUGCUAUUGAGAAAUCAGAUGAGACAAAUGGAGAAGCACUGAUUGGACAACAGAAGGCAUUCCUGGGUGUGAGCACUCCUCUGUGGUUGAGUGAUUAU